AUGGAGUCCCAAAACUCUGUUCUAGUAUUGACGGUGGCAGAUGUAAAACAAUCAUUAUGGAUGUGGGGUGGUACUAUUUUACUGUGUCUGUUAGCAUACUUUACCUCUCUAAGCAAGAUCCCAGGACCUUGGUACGCAAGUUUAACUCAUCUUGUCCUCCGAUACCAUAUCCUCACCGGAAAUCGCGUUCACUACAUCCAUGCCCUUCAUCAUACCUACGGUCCCGUUGUCCGCAUCUCUCCGGUCGAAGUAUCAUGCGCUUCGCUCUCCUCCUUCCUCACCAUCCAUCCUGUCUCUAAACCUUUCCUCAAAUCUACCUGGUAUCAAAGGCUUGUCCCCCCUCCUGCAGGGAUCCUCAGCAUGAUUGAUCCAAAAGAACAUGCUGCUCGCCGCAAAUUAUUUUCACAAGCUUUUAGUAAGAGCUUUUUGAAAACAAACUGGGAGCCUGAAGUUAGGAAAAAAGCUACAAUGGCGGUGGAAAAGAUUAAGAAGAAUGCUUUGAUAAAUGAGGUGGAUAUCUUGACGUACUUUACGUUCAUGGCAACUGAUGUCGUGGCACACCUGGCUUUUGGAGAAAGUUUUAAAACUUUGGAAACUGAAAAGAAAACCCAACUCGUUAUUGAUCUUCAACAUGAAAUUAAUAGGGGCACUUUACGCGCCGAGAUUCCUAAUCUAUUCGCCAUUGGAAAAUACCUACGUAUCCCCGGUCUCCAAACAGGUGAAGCAAGAAUCAGAGAAUAUGGUAUAUUAGCAGUCAAAAACGCCAAAUCACAUAGUCAGGCUAAUCCGACUAUAUUCCGAAAAGCUCUCUCCGAGUCUAAGACAGAAAAUGCGGAGGGUUCAAUGUCAGAUGAAAAUAUUCUGCAAGAAGCUGCUUUCUUUAUUGUGGUGGGCACCGAUACAACUGCUAAUUCAAUCACGUAUAUACUGUACAAUAUUUUGAAGGAUCGGAAUUUGCAGAAACAGUUAGAAGAUGAGGUAGAGACGUUGGGCGAGGACUUCGAGGCAAAGGAUGUGGAGCAGUUGGUGCUGUUAAAUGCGGUUAUUGACGAAGGAAUGCGGUUGUAUGGUGCAGCACCUGGCUCUCUACCUCGGGUCGUGCCAAAUGGAGGAGCUGUCUUGGAUGGAUAUCAAGUUCCAGGCGGCGUAACAGUUUCGACCCAAAGUUGGACCAUCCACCGCGAUCCAGAAAUCUUUCCAGAACCUGACAGUUUCCGACCUGAACGCUGGCUAGAAAACAAAUCAAACGAUAUGAAAGCAGCUUAUCAUCCUUUCGGAUCAGGAACACGCACUUGUAUAGGAAUUCAUUUGGCAAGAAUGGAAAUCUGGUUAGCUCUCGCUUUGUUCCUCAGAGAGUGUAAGGGAGCAAGAAUUGCGUCAAGUCAAUCUGAUGAUGAUAUGGUGCCUAUAAACUCCUUCGUGAUUGAGCCAAAGGGUGGAAAAUGUAUGAUUACUAUGAAGGAUGGAUACUAG